CCUUUAACAGUUGAUACCAUAACAACCUCAAAUUAUGCUCCCUUUGUCAUCUCUGUACUUUCCUUGUCUAAAUUUUAUUAAUUAUUUCACUUAUUCCAUGUGGAUUCCAACCAUUUUUUUUUUUCAUUACCCUUCUUGUCAACUUUUCUCGUGUCUUAUCUGCAGAAUCCUAGAAUCAUUUUACACAUUUUAAGUCAUUAAAUCUUGCUCAGUCGGGUGAGCUUUUAAGCAAUCAAGCAUUGAUCUUUUUGUGCUUUUUGGGACACAUAUUGAACUUUGAGAGGUGGGUUUUUGUUAUUUUUCUUGAUGGGUACUGCAAUUGCUCAGUACCCAUAUGGAAUUACUUCACAUUCUUUUGUGAAAUUCGGUCACAAAUUGGAGAUUUCAAGCUCUAAUUGUCAUUAUAAAGUGGAUAUAUCAAGAUUUAACUUGUAUCCUAGUUCUGUUUCCACCACUGACUCCAAGGUGUGUGUUGGUAGAAUACGUGCUCUACCUGAUAUUGGUGAUAUAUUUUCGGAUAUUAUUGCAACACCAUUACUUGAUGUGGUUGAAAACCCUAUCCACUUGAAGAAUUUAACUAUUAAGGAACUGAAACUAUUAGCUAGUGAAAUACGAUCAGAGUUGUCUUCCAUAAUGUCGAAGGCACAAAAAGACUUUAAGGCCAGUCUGGCAGCGGUUGAACUGACAGUUGCAAUUCACCAUGUUUUUCAUGCUCCAGUGGACAAGAUACUGUGGGAUGUUGGGGAACAAGCAAGAUUCGCAGCUGAUUCUGUUCUUUAUGGAGGACUGUAUAGUCAUCAAAGAGCAGAUAAUAGCAUGCUUAUCGGGACAUAUGCACAUAAAAUUCUCACUGGAAGGAGAUCUCUUAUGCGUACACUAAGACAAAAGGAUGGUCUUUCUGGAUUUACAUCUCGGUCUGAGAGUGAAUAUGACCCGUUUGGAGCAGGACAUGGAUGCAACAGUAUUUCUGCUGGACUUGGCAUGGCGGUUGCUCGUGAUAUUAAAGGGAAGCGGGAACGUAUUGUUACAGUCAUUGGCAAUGGCACAACUAUGGCUGGUCAGGUCUAUGAAGCAAUGGGCAAUGCAGGCUAUUUAGACUCAAAUAUGAUAGUGAUUUUAAAUGACAGCCGACACUCUUUACACCCCAAGAUUGAAGAGGGCUCCAAGACUUCAAUCAAUGCUCUAUCAAGUACCCUAAGCAAGCUCCAGUCAAGCAAAUCAUUCCGGAGGCUUAGAGAAGUUGCUAAGGGUGUUACCAAGAGGAUAGGUAUGUAUGAAUUAGCAGCUAAAGUUGAUGAGUAUGCACGUGGUAUGAUGGGUCCACUGGGAUCAACUCUCUUCGAAGAACUUGGGUUGUACUACAUAGGCCCUGUUGAUGGACACAAUAUUGAAGAUUUAGUUUGUGUUUUACAAGAAGUGUCAACUCUGGAGUCAAUGGGUCCUGUCUUGAUACAUGUAAUAACUGAAGAAAAUCAGUGUGCAGAACAUAAGCAACAGACUGAGGCAACGGGGAACCAGCAGGGAGGUUAUGCAGUGCUAUCCAAUAUGCAUACUCAAACAUAUAGUGAUUGCUUUGUUGAGGCUCUGAUCAUGGAAGCAGAGAAAGACAAAGAUAUUGUGGUUGUUCAUGCAGGAAAGGAAAUGGAACCAUCAUUUCAACUAUUUCAGGAAAGAUUUCCACACAGGUUUUUUUAUGUGGGAAUGGCUGAGCAACAUGCAGUUACAUUUUCAGCUGGCUUGUCAUGCGGGGGGUUAAAGCCAUUUUGCAUAAUUCCUUCAGCUUUUCUGCAGAGAGCAUAUGACCAGGUGGUCCAUGAUGUAGAUCAGCAGAGAAUUCCAGUUCGCUUUGUCAUUACAAGCGCGGGAUUGGUAGGACCUGAUGGUCCUACUAUGUGUGGAGCAUUUGAUAUAACUUUCAUGUCAUGCUUGCCAAACAUGAUUGUUAUGGCACCAUCAGAUGAGGAUCAGCUUGUGGACAUGGUGGCGACUGCAGCCCAUAUUAAUGAUCGUCCAGUUUGCUUUCGGUAUCCAAGGGGUGCCAUUGCUGGAACUGAUCAUUAUACUCGUAGUGGUAUUCCUGUUGAGAUUGGAAAGGGAUUAACUCUUGUAGAGGGUAAAGAUGUUGCUUUGCUUGGGUAUGGUACAAUGGUUCAGAACUGCCUCAGAGCUCAGACCCUUCUUUCAAAGCUUGGCAUUGAGGUAACUGUUGCUGAUGCAAGAUUCUGCAAGCCACUUGACAUGAAGCUUCUCAGACAGUUAUGCGAAAACCAUGCCUUUCUGGUCACAGUCGAGGAAGGCUCUAUUGGAGGAUUUGGGUCCCAUGUUUCACAGUUCAUUGCCCUUGAUGGGCAGCUUGAUGGAAGAACUAAGUGGCGGCCAAUUGUUUUACCAGACAAUUACAUUGAACAUGCACUGCCAAAUGAACAGCUUGCUCUUGCCGGGCUGACUGGACAUCAUAUUGCUGCAACAGUGCUAAGACUGCUUGGUCGCUCCCGUGAAGCUCUCCUUUUGAUGUGCUAAAAAUCUCUAAUUUCUCGUGCAAUAUUAGAAGCAAUGCCCUUGCCGAAUCUGCCUCGGAAAAGAGAGCUGAAAACGGAAGAAGCGAAAGGUGACGCUAGUAUACACAGGCCAUUUUACUGAAUUUUUUUUUUGUGGUAACCUGCAGUUGGUUUAUGAAUUAUUAACGUAAAAUUAGAUUUUCAAUUGUAUAGAAUUGACAAAUGAAAAUACAUGUUUGUAACAUUUAGAGCA